AUGAACAAAUCACCGGUCUCCGGUUUGGUGGCAGAACUGGUCCUACAGGAGUUAGAAAAGAUUGCCUUCCUCCAACAUGAACCGGUGUUUUGGCGCCGUUACGUAGACGACACGUUCGUCAUAGUAAAGAAGGGCAUGCUGCAACAUUUCCACAGCCUGCUCAACGCAGUCUUCCCUGAUAUAAAAUUCACGAGGGAAGAAGAACAGGAACAGCAGUUGCCCUUCCGGGAUGUGCUCGUCAAACGAGACCUUAACGGUGAACUUGAAACGACGGUUUAUAGGAAGGCAACGAACACCACACAGCUUCUCAGUUUUCACAGCAACCAUCCGGUGGCUCACAAACGAAACUGUGUGAAGACGCUCUUCAAACAGAUCCAAACUCAUUGCAGCAAACCGGAGGACAGAGCACGUGAGGCCCGUUAUCUCCGCGACCGGUUUGUGCAAAAUGGCUAUCAGAGGGCAUUCAUAAGUCGCUGCCUACGCGGUCGCCACCAGAGAACGCGAACAUCAACGCCACCGACGAUAUGGCAUUCUUUGCCAUACAUCAAGGGUGUUUCAGAAGCGAGCGAGCGCAUUGCUGCGGAGCUAGGUGUUGGAAUUGCACACCGCCCCAAAGCCACCAUGCGCAACAGGGUCAUGAAAAUCAAAGACCGAUUAAAACUUGAAGAGCAAUCUGGAGUAGUGUAUCGCAUUCUGUGUCAAAAUUGUCCUUGUAACUACACAGGACAGACUGGACGUAUGCUCGGAUCGCGCAUACACGCACAUAAGCUGGCUGUGCGGCGAGGCGAUGUGUUAUCACAAUUGGCCGUCCACGCCUACGAAAUGGGUCACGAAUUUAACUUCGCAGCCACCAAAAUAGUCGCCCACGCCGGAAACAAAACAGGCCGAGAAUUGAUUGAAGCCUGGGCCUCGGAUGAGAACUCGGUCAAUCGAUUUAUCGAUCUGGCGCCAGCGUACAGAGCCCUUCGUAGUCACCUCCAGUCGUGCGACGUCGGUCGAUGA